AUGAGACUAACCUUCAUCCAGGACACCCAAUACAUGCCAACGCAUCGAGUGCAUUUCGAAGAACUAACCUCCGCAUGGGAAGCUGAUAGGCGCAUCCCGACGCACAGCUCACGCCGUGCAUGGGCGGAGUCACGCAAUUUGGACCCUCGUAAUGUGCAUAACUGGUGGUACCGACGACGCAAGCUCGCGAAGCGCUGGCGCAUCUCAAUCCCGAGAGAUCAAUACGAUAUCGACGUCGGAACGCCUCCAACGAUUCCAGAGCCAGAACCCAAGGUUGAACCGCCGACCGACGACGCGUCGCUCGCCGACUCGGUGAAAAACUCAGUGACGGAUCUUUCUUCGCCUCCUGGAUACGCUACUUCGGACUUGGAUGCGGAUAUAACUGGUUCUUCCGAUACGCUAUGUUCUGCUUCACAUCAUAGAGUGACUCGAAACUCCAAAAAACGCGCAUAUAUGCGCUCGCCUUCGCCUGUGGAUCGACUUACAACCUGCUCGCCUACCGCUUCUGACGAUCAUCUAACGAACUCGCCUCUUUCUCUCUCUCGAAGUUCCUCUCCGAUAUGCUCUCCCGGAUUCCUGGCUCUGUACCCUGAAGAUUGCUCUAUCCCAACUGCCGCGACAGGUAUUUCUUGUCCAUCUUUCGGAUCAUCUUAG